GUCCCGUGAGGUUAACCGCUUGAGAGAGUCCUCUGAAACUUUAAUGACCAGGUUCCCCAAUCUUCGCUUUGAAUACAGGGAUCCAGAAAAGAACUGGAACCCAGACCAUGUCAAAGGCCUUGUGGCGUCUCUGAUCACUGUGAAAGAUGUCUCUACAGCUACAGCACUAGAAGUAGUUGCUGGCGGUCGACUCUACAAUGUAGUGGUGGAUACAGAGGUUACAGGCAAGAAACUGCUAGAAAAGGGUGAACUGAAGCGUCGAUAUACCAUCAUUCCGCUAAAUAAAAUCUCAGCCAAGUGUGUUGGGAAAGAAGCGAUCAGAGUGGCCAAAAACUUGGUGGGUGAUGACAAUGUCCAUCUGGCUCUAAGUCUGGUGGGUUAUGAAUCUGACAUUCAGAAAGCGAUGGAAUAUGUCUUUGGGGGCACACUCGUUUGUGACAACAUGGAUAAUGCCAAGAAAGUCACCUUUGACAAAAGGAUAAUGACAAAGACAGUUACGCUUGGCGGAGACACCUUUGAUCCUCAGGGCACGCUUAGUGGAGGUGCACGGUCACAGUCUGCAUCGAUUUUGUCCAAGCUCCAUGAGGUACAAGAUGUGCAGCAGAAGUUAAAAGCAAAGGAGGCCGAGCUACAAAUGUUAGGAAAGGAACUGGCAAGUCUGCAGGGAACUGCUGAAAAGUAUCGUCAACUGAAACAGCAGUGGGAGCUGAAGUCUGAAGAAGCUCAACUACUACAAACCAAGCUGCGGCAAAGUUCCUAUCAAAAACAGCAGGAGGAAUUAGAAACACUGAAAAGAACCAUUGAGGAAAGUGAGGAGACUUUGAAGAAAACUAAGGAGGUACAAAUAAAAGCAGAGGAAAAACUGAAGGUGCUAGAAAACAAAAUGAAAAAUGCUGAAGCAGAAAGGGAGAAAGAGUUGAAAAAUGCCCAGCAGAAACUAGAUGGAGCCAAGAAGAAAGCAGAUGCUUCUAGCAAAAAGAUGAAAGAAAAGGAGCAGGAGGUGGAAGCACUAGUGUUGGAACUUGAAGAGCUAAAACGGGAACAAAACUCUUAUAAACAGCAGAUUGAGGCUGUCAGCGAAGCUAUUAAAGCAUUCCAAGAGCAGAUUGAGGUGAUAUCAGCCGAAGUAGCAAAGAACAAGGAAGCUGUGAAGAACGCUCAGGAGGAGCUGGCCAAACAAAAGGCAGUGGUCACGGCCCAGGACAAAGCAAUUAAAGCCAAAUCUGCAGAGGCUGUGAAAUAUAAAGAACAGCACAAUGAAUCACAGCUUAGGAUCAAAGAGCUGGAGCACAAUAUCAGUAAACACAAGCGCGAGGCUUCUGAGGCUUCUGCAAAGGUAGCUAAAAUGCUCAAAGACUAUGACUGGAUUGCUUCAGAAAAGCACCUUUUUGGCCAGCCAAACACAGCAUAUGAUUUCCAGACUAACAAUCCGAAGGAAGCUGGUCAGAGGCUGAAUAAACUGCAGGAAAAGAAAGAGAAGCUGGGCAGGAAUGUCAACAUGAGAGCUAUGAACAUGCUUUCUGAAGUAGAAGAAAGAUACAAUGACUUGAUGAAGAAGAAAAGAAUUGUUGAGAAUGACAAGUCUAAAAUUCUUGCAACAAUUGUGGAGCUCGACCAAAAGAAAAAUGAAGCUUUAAACAUUGCCUGGCAAAAGGUAAACAAGGACUUUGGAUCCAUUUUCUCGACCCUUCUGCCAGGGGCCAACGCACUGCUGUCUCCUCCGGAAGGGCAAACCGUUCUAAAUGGCCUGGAGUUCAAAGUUGCCUUGGGAAACACCUGGAAGGAAAACUUAACUGAAUUAAGUGGGGGACAAAGAUCCCUCGUAGCUUUGUCUUUGAUCUUAGCCAUGCUUCUCUUCAAGCCUGCCCCAAUUUACAUCCUGGAUGAGGUUGAUGCAGCCCUCGAUCUCUCUCACACCCAGAAUAUUGGGCAGAUGCUUCGGACGCACUUCCGACAUUCCCAGUUCAUUGUGGUAUCCUUGAAGGAUGGCAUGUUCAACAAUGCAAAUGUGCUCUACAAGACUAAGUUUGUGGAUGGUGUGUCUACUGUAGCGCGCUACACUCAGGCUCAGAAUGGCAACACUGGGGCCGGUCAACAAAGAGUUGACAAGGCCAAAAUGAAAGAGAAAAGAUAAAGAGCACAGGUGGCUGCUUGAAGGGGAAAUGUUUCUUGCAUCGCAGUAGCUUGGUAAUAUUAAUCUCUUUAAAAACAGACAGCUGGCAAACUGUUGGAUAUUGUCCAUUUUUAAAGGAUGUUUUUAAAUUUCUGGCAGCUUCUCAAUAUGAAGGAGCUUAAAAUACAGUAAAAUAAUCACAAUAAAAUGAUUGACGUCUAAUCUAUUUUUCAUCUAGGUUAGAAAUCUCUUGGGUUCAGAAUCUUGCAAAUAUUCUUGAUGUUCUUUCUCUUGUUAACUGACUUCACAGAUCUUUUCAGCUAGGUAAAAGCCACUUAUUUGAAUUUAAGAUAACCAAAUAACUCCAAUGAAAUUUGCUUCUAUCUGAAGGUCUGAGCAAAAUGAGCCAUUUAGUGGAGUCUGGCUUUCAGGAGCUUUUUGUUACCCAGUGAGUUCAUCCCUGAAAGAGAUGCAUUUAGGGAAGCAAACACACAUGGUGCGAUUUUGCUCUAGUAAUAACUUAAGGCAAGAUGGGAAUGAAACACUUAAGGUUUGAGCUCCCCAAGCCUAAUCCCAAACUGGCAUUUACAAGGAGUGAGAAAGCAUAAAUAAGUGAUGAGAUAGUGUGAAGUGCUGGCUGACUCAUGGCUCGUUUCUUGUUUUUAAAGUAAACUUUACAUGCACCUCUUUCUGUA